AUGAAUAACCACAGCCUCCCUCCGUCGCCGCCGCGCAUCUCGCUCCUCCUCGGCAACCCUCUCGCCCCCCCAGAUCGACUCGCGCGCCCGCGUACCCCCCGUCCAUUCCACACCCGCAUCCCACUGCCCGCGCGGCUCCACGCCGCCAAACCCAUAGCUCAGCCCAUGGGCGCGAAACACGCCAUAGUCACGCAGCAAGCGGAACGCCAGCUGCGCCGCGCGCUGGACGUGAGUAUCGGCGCUGCCCAGGUCGCGCAGCAGCAGCUUGCGCGCGGCCGAGUUGGCGUAGAAGCGCUCGCACAGCAGCUUGGUGGCGCUGGUGCGGAUCUCGAUGUUGCGCUUGACGGUGCGGAGGCCGUGAGCGACGUGGCGGAUGGCGAGGAAGGUGAGGGCGCCUGGAGGGUUAGCUGGGGUGGAGGUGGUGGUGGACGGGGGCGUACCAAGGCCGAGCCACAGGUAGCGGUCAGAGCGCUUGCCAUAAUGCCGCCCUCCCAACUCAAGCGCCUCAAAGCGUCGCUGCGCGACCAGGGCAUAACGGGCCCGCAAAAAUCCAAGAAGGAAAAGAAAUCCCAGUCCAAGAGCGCCUCGCACCACGCCCAGAAAGCCUCCGCGCUCGCCUCGAUCCGCGAGUCCUUCAACCCCUUCGAAUUCAAGCACCUCAGCCGCCCGCAGAAAUUCGAGUACGCGACCACAAAUGCCAAACCUAAGGUGCUUGGACGCCCCGGCGUCACCAAGAGCGCGGGCGAGGAGACGCGCCGCAAGACGCUGCUGCCGGAGAUGAAUCGCAAGAACAAGACGGGUGGGAUUCUGGAUCGCCGAAUUGGUGAAAACGAUCCGACGAUGAGCAUGGACGACCGGAUGAUGGCGCGGUUCGAGCGCGAACAGCUGCGCAACCGCGGCGGGAAUAUGUUUGAUCUCGAGGAUGGCGAUGACGAGAUUGAGCUUACGCACGGUGGGCAGACGCUGAAGUUUGAUGACGAGAUUGGGGACGAGGAUUAUGAUGCUGCGAGUGUGAGCGGUAGUGAUAGUGAUGGCGAGGAUGGGUUCCUGAAGAAGAAGAGGAGGAGAGACGACGAUGAGGAAGGCGAUGGUGAGGCUGAAGGGGAGGAUCAGCCGGAGAGGAAGAAGAGUAAGGCUGAGGUCAUGAAGGAGGUCAUGGCUAAGAGCAAGCUGCACAAGUAUGAGAGACAGCAGGCGAAGGAAGACGACGAGGAGCUGAGGGAGGAGCUUGACAAAGAUCUGAACGAUGUUCUUGCUGCGUUGAGAGGCCACAUCAACAAGAAGCCUGAACCCGAAAAGAUCAAGCAAGUGGCGCAGAACGACUUCGGCAUGAACGCCGAUCGAGCAGCGCUGCUCGCGACAUUGUCGCAGGAAGGCAAAGAUAAGGAGUACGACCGCCGGGUCCGCGAGCUCUUCAAUGAUGAGCGAUCGAAGCCCACCGAACGGACAAAGACGGCCGAAGAGAAGGCCAAGGAGGAGGCUGACCGCUUAAAGAAGCUCGAGGACAGGCGCCAGAAGCGCAUGAGGGGAGAGCCUGUCAGUGAUGAUGAGGAGCCUGCUAAGAAGCCGCAAGACGAUGAUGACGACGACGAGAUGUCUGAUGUCAAUGACGAUGCUGCUGAGUUCGGACUUGCUGCACCGCCAGCACCCGGGCAAACCAGACCCGUUGGCGUGGACGACGAGGAUGACUUUAUAUUGGAUGACGAUCUUGUGGCUACAGACUCAGAAGCCGACAUCUCUGAUGAGGAGUCGGAUAGCGAAGCUGAAGUGGACGACACAAUGGCCAUGGAGGAAGACGAUGCCGACUUCCUGAAAGAUGUAGUGGAGCAGCCAAAAUCUCAACCCAAGGCUGUAAAAGGCGUGCUCACAAUUGGCGCCAGUACGACGUCUUCAAAGUUGGCGUACACAUACCCGUGUCCACGGUCGCACGAGGAGCUUCUCGAGGUCUUCAAAAAGGUCGAUGUCAAGGACACCUCCACAGUCAUCCAGAGGAUACGAGCGCUGUACCAUGCUGGCUUGAGAGAGGACAACAAGAACAAGCUCGCCGACUUUGCGUGCGCACUGAUUGAUCACGUCUCGUACCUGGCGAACCAGACACCAGCAGCGCCGCUGUCGGUCAUCGAGUCCAUCAUCCGCCAUAUCCACUCCAUCUCGCGCUCAUACCCAGUGCAGAUCGCCACGCAGUUUCGCAAGCACCUCAAAGCAUUCCAGCUGUCCAACCAGCCAACACCAGGAGACCUAGCGCUUCUGACGGCCAUUGGAACCAUCUACCCAACAUCCGACCACUUCCACCAAGUCGUCACCCCCGCUAUAACCCUCAUGGCACGCUGGAUGGGCCUCACCACGCCGUCCUCCGCUAGCGACAUUGCGACCGGCGCCUUCAUCGGUGCGCAGUGCCUACAGUACCAGACGCUCGCGAAACGCUACAUCCCCGAGUUCAUCCGCUACACAUCGCUCUGCCUGCGCUCACCUGACGCCACAAAAGCGCUGCUGAGCUCACACACACGCAAUAUCCUCACAGCAGCCGAUCUCUGGAGCGCCUCCCCCGCCUUCAUUGAGAUUUUCACACCACUGCUCGGUCCUCUCAAGUCCGCGCACCAGACCCGCACAACGCAGAACCUGACUGCGCGCCUCAAUAACGCAAAGCUGUCCCGCCGCCCGCAAACACUGCACCACCACCGCCCACUCCCAAUUCCGAGCCGCAUUCCCAAGUUCGAGGAAUCCUUCGACCCGACCAAGCACUACGACGCGGACCGCGAGCGCUCCGACACCGCCAAGCUGCAGAAGGAGUACAAGCGCGAGCGCAAGGGCGCCAUGCGCGAGCUGCGCAAGGACGCAAACUUCAUUGCGCGCGAGAAGCUGCGCGAGAAGAAGGAGAAGGACGCUGCGUACGAGGUCAAGUACAAGCGCCUGGUUGCGGAGAUCCAGGGCGAGGAGGGGUACGAGAAGAACCAGUACGAGAGGGAGAAGAGGAAGAGGAAGGGCAACUAG